UUCAGACUUUAUAUGAGAGAAUCCUUUCUGCUAAGACAAAUUCUAUAGGUGGUGAAAAGAAAUGGAGAACUUCAAAAGACGCUUGCUCACCUGACCCAUAUGCUAGAUUUAUGAGUGUACUGUAUAACUUGCUUGAUGGAUCUGCUGACAAUGCAAAGUUUGAAGAUGAAUGCCGAGCGAUCAUAGGAAACCAGUCGUAUGUGUUAUUCACUUUGGAUAAGCUAAUAUAUAAAUUGGUCAAACAGCUUCAAGCUGUUGCAGCUGAUGAGAUGGAUAAUAAACUUCUUCAAUUAUAUGAAUAUGAAAAAUCCCGUAAAGCUGGGAAGCUAAUGGAUUCAGUAUAUUAUGAAAACGCACGAGUGCUUCUCCAUGAAGAGAAUAUUUACCGAUUGGGAUGUUCAUUUACUCCAUGCCAUCUGUCUAUUCAGCUGACGGAUAAUGUUAUUGAGAAGCCUGAGGCAUUUGCAGUUUCCAUGGAUCCAAAUUUUACAGCUUAUCUGCACAAUGAUUUUCUAUCCGUCUUUCCAGGGAAAAAAGAGCCUCAUGGCAUUACUUUAGAGAGGUACUAAAUAUAAAUAUAACAU